AUGAGGGCAAGGAGAUCAUUUGUAUCAGUAACAGCUGAAGGUCCCAGAAUCUUUACUCCUGUGGCUCCAGUUCCUGCCCCGCCUCCUACAGUGCUGCAGCGGAAACAGGCUGUGGUGACUGGGAUCUUAGGUGCAGCCCUGGUUUCUGCCCUCCUACACUCAGCAGGAGCCACAGAUACUGGUCUAUUCCUUUGCCAGCCAGCACCCAGACGUGGAGACCAGAUAUAUAACCCCUUGAUGGAGUGCUGUAACAAUAACACCAUCCUGCCCCUGAACAGCACAAGCCUCUGUAGCCCUCACUGUAUCUACUGGCCCUGUUUCCAGCAUUGCUGCCUGGAGUCCCAGAAUCAGGGUGUCCUUAGAUUCAAAGUUCCAGGCAUGAAGCCCAACUGCAGAACCUCCCCCACCAGCACAAUCAGGGCCAAGGAGUCUCAGCUCUCAGACAGAUAA